UUCACACCGGCGCCGGUUAAUCGGAAAACAUCUCUCUCUCUAGCUUUGCAAUGGAUUCAGUUUCCGGUGAAUACGUCCAUGACUUUCCUCCGUUCAUCCGUGUACACAAAAACGGCGAAAUCGAGCGUUUAUUCGUCGCCGGCGAUGAUAUCCCUGCUGGGUUCGAUCCCGUUUCCGGCGUGGAAACCAUUGAUGUACUGGUAAUCCCUGAAACUAACGUUAAAGCUCGCAUCUUUAUCCCUAAAUCUGACGACCCUGAUGCAAAAUUCCCCUUGAUCGUACAUUAUCACGGUGGAGGUUUCUGUAUUGGAUCACCUUAUAGCCCCUUCGCCAACAAUUUUCUCACUUCUUUUGCUUCUUAUGCUCAAACCCUAAUCGUCUCCAUUGAUUACAGACUUGCACCAGAGCAUCCAUUACCAAUCGCAUUCGAUGAUUCCUGGGCUGCAUUGCAGUGGAUCGCUUCCCAUUCCAAUGGACAAGGACCCGAACCCGUUCUAAACACUAAGGUUAAUUUCAACCGAGUCUUUUUGGCUGGUGAGAGUGCCGGAGCAAACAUUGCCCACAAUAUGGCAGUUCGAAUAGGAACUUCGGGUUUGCCCGGUUUAGUACCAAUUGGGGCAAUAAUAUUGCAUCCAUAUUUUCCUAACCAAGAACCCGAUAAGCUUAUCGAAUUUUUAUACCCUGGAAGCAAUUGUCUAGAAGAUAACCCGAUCCUGAGCCCAAAAUCCGAUCCAAAUUUGAAGAAAAUGGCUUGUAAAAAGGUUUUGAUUACUGUGGCAAGUGAAGAUUACUUAAAGCCUCGGGGCAUUUCUUAUUUUGAAACCCUAAAACAUGUUGAUUGGGAUGGGGCGGUUGAGCUUAAAGAGGAUGAAGGAGGGGAUCAUUGUUUCUUUGCUUUUGAGCAAGUUAGUGAGAAAUUUAAGUUAUUUAUGGAGAAUAUGGCUACCUUUAUCAAACAAGAAUGAUGUUAAAUUUUGUAUUCAUAAUGUUAUCCAAACAUAUUUAUGUUGAAUUCUAAUAAAAUAAAAAGUA